CCACAAUGAGCCUGAAAAUAUACUUUGCUGGAAGUAUAAGAGGGGGUCGCCAGGAUGUGGAGCUCUACCAUAGUAUUAUUGCAAUGCUAAAACCUUUUGGGAAGAUUUUGACUGAGUUUGUUGGAGACAAAGAGAUCAGUUUUGAAUAUAAUGGUGUUUCUGUGGACAAAAGCAUACAUGAUCAUGAUAUGGAAAUGCUGAAGGAAUGCCACUGUGUUAUUGCAGAAACUACGCAACCAUCCCUAGGUGUGGGAUAUGAGCUUGGCAGGGCUGUAGCAAUGAACAAACCUAUUCUCUGUCUCUUCAGGCCAAAGAGUGACAAAGUUUUGUCUGCCAUGAUAAGAGGGGCCCACAAUGGAUCUUCUUUUAUUGUUAUCGACUAUGAAAAAAUAUCAGAGGUAAAGGAUAACAUUAACACAUUUUUAGAAAAUGUCCAACAACAAGUAUCUAAGACAUGAGGCAAGGUAGAUAACUCAUGAUGUCGUCCAG